AUGUUCCGCUUCAGCAAAACCCUCGACCCCAUCACCCUCUUCCACUCCCCCUCCAUCCAAGCAUCAACCAGGACCCUCAACAUCCUGAAGCAGGCUUCCACAACCGCUAGCGAAACUGCCACAGAAGACCAGGCUAGCGAUCACUCCCGCCACGCAAAGCAACAGCGCGGCGAGUUCGAGCUGGAGGUUACCACCUCGCCCCCGACAACUGACCAGCUUCGCAAUAUCCUCGACUACAUCUCGCCCGUUAGCGGUGUCGGUGGUCCGGGCGAGAAGGUGACGUAUGGUGUUGCGGAGCUGGUAAAGGGCGCCCGCGAUGCGGAGGAUGCGUUGAAGAAGUUCAAGGAGAAUAACGAGAAUUUCGUGAGGCCUAUUACCGUUGACUGGGUCAAUGGCCGCGCUGUCAUCGGAGACGACCAGUCCGAGAUCCUGCGCAUGGUGCGCCAGCUUCCUGUAAACUAA